AGGAAUAACAGAGGACCCCUCCGGAUACAUAGACAGAGUGAGAGGAAAAGUAAUAUGUUUUGCCUAAACUGGGAUAUCUGGUCAGUCUCUUUUGGCUCUGUCGUGAAUCAAGGCACUGGAAAGUUGGAAAAAUCCUGCAGUUAAGAUUUGUUAAGUCACUUGUGGAGACGCAUGAGUUCACCUCUAGUUCCUGGCAUCUUGACCGUCUGUUUGCUGAAUAAAUAUCUCAGAGAAGUCCCACAGGCGACCUAAACUUCCUAAACCCUCAGACAUGAAGCAGGCUAUCCCGUUUGAGGAUCUGGAUCACAACAGCAUUCCUGUAGAAGAGAAGGAGAAUAAAAUACCAGAUAGAGGAAGCUGGAAAGGAAAAUUUGACUUCCUUCUGUCCUGCGUUGGAUAUGCUAUUGGUCUUGGAAAUGUGUGGAGGUUCCCAUAUCUGUGUGGAAAGAAUGGUGGAGGAGCUUUUUUGAUCCCAUACUUCACUACUCUGGUGUUUGCUGGGAUCCCACUGUUUCUGUUGGAGACAGCAUUAGGACAAUACACAUCUGUGGGAGGACUGGGAGUAUGGAAAUUAAUACCCAUGAUGAAAGGUGUGGGUCUGGCUGCUGUGGUUCUGUCUUUCUGGCUCAACAUUUAUUACAUCAUUAUCAUUGCCUGGGCACUCUACUACCUCUUCAGCUCUUUAAAAGCAGAAUUGCCAUGGCAAACCUGUGAUAACCCUUGGAACACUGAUCGCUGCUUUUCCAACUACAGCCUGCUGGACACCACCAACCUGUCCAGUGCUGUCACUGAGUUCUGGGAGAGGAACAUGCACCAGUUAACAAAUGGUUUGGAAGAACCUGGUGAAUUGCGAUGGCCAUUGGUUGGAACUUUGGCAUUGUCCUGGAUUCUUGUCUAUUUCUCAAUCUGGAAAGGGGUGGAGUGGACAGGAAAGGUGGUCUAUUUCUCUGCCACAUAUCCCUACUUCAUGCUGUUUAUUCUGUUUUUUCGUGGAGUCACUCUCCCUGGAGCAAUAGAUGGAGUUCUCUUUUAUAUCACUCCAAAUUUCAACAAGCUUCUGAAAUCUGAGGUGUGGUUGGAUGCUGCCACUCAGAUCUUCUUCUCUUAUGGUCUGGGAUUAGGUUCUCUUAUUGCUUUGGGCAGCUACAACUCCUUCAACAAUAAUGUCUACAGAGAUUCUGUCAUUGUGUGCUGUAUAAAUUCCUGCACCAGUAUGUUUGCUGGGAUUGUCAUAUUUUCCAUUGUGGGCUUUAUGUCCUACAUCACAAAGAGACCCAUUGAAGAACUGGCUGCUUCAGGUCCUGGUUUGGCAUUUUUGGCCUAUCCUCAAGCUGUCACACAGCUUCCCAUGUCUUCACUCUGGGCUAUUCUCUUCUUCUCAAUGCUCAUGAUGCUGGGGUUGGACAGUCAGUUUUGUACAGUGGAAGGCUUCAUCACUGCUUUAAUGGAUGAAUAUCCUACAGUCCUAAGGAAGAGAAAAAAAAUCUUCAUCCUAAUUGUCUGCCUUGUGUCAUUCAUCAUUGGAUUCUCCAACAUUACCCAGGGUGGCUUAUAUGUGUUUAAACUGUUCGACUACUACUCAGCCAGUGGAAUGUGUCUUCUUUUCCUGGUCUUCUUUGAGACAAUCUCCAUUGCUUGGUUUUAUGGUGCAGAGAAGUUUUAUAAAAAUAUUGAAGAGAUGAUUGGUUAUAGGCCUUGUGGCUUUUGGAAACAAUGCUGGAUUUACUUUACUCCAACCAUUUGUUUGGGUGUUUUUACGUUCAGUGCCAUAGAAAUGACUCCGCUGACACUGGGGAAGUAUGUGUACCCAGCCUGGGGUCAGGGAGUUGGCUGGCUAAUGUCCCUUUCUUCAAUGGUACUGAUACCCGGUUAUAUAAUCUACAUGUUCUUCUCUACCAAAGGCAACAUCCGACAGCGGUGGCACAAGAUGACUAAACCUACCGAGCUCACAACCUCAGAUGUCAAUGAUCUCACACAUACAGGGAUUAUGGAUGAAGCUUCUGUCUGACAUCACUCUUUCCUGUUAAAUGACCUUUAAAUACCAAUUGCAAAACAAUACCCCUCUAUUUAUUUUUUUUAAAUCAAAGAGUACACUGAAAUGGGCUAUGUGUUUGUAAGUCUGUUUUCCUAAUUUCUUUCUGCACAUUCAUUCCUGUAAUAAGAGUGGGCUGCAGUACAUUUGUGGAUAAAUUAAUUGCAUCUAAACAAAUUGUUACAUUCCUGUGUUAUUUUCACAGAAAUUCUGUUUCUCACAGAAUUUAGACCAGGAUGAGGAAUAAAGGCUUUUCUUUAGACUAUUACUCUCAGUUUGAGCAAAUGUGAUAUAUUGCAGUGGCUUAUUUGAAGGCCACACAUGUUUAUUCUUUGUACAACAUAUAAAACUAAAUGAAACCCA